AUGCAGAUCAAGCUUUUAUUCGAGCUCCAGUGUUUUCCAGAUCCAAAAUUCCUCUACAAAUCAAGAAGUAAACCAACACAAUCCCCCUGCUUUUCACUCAAACAAUCUUCAUUUUCGAAGUCUUCUAGGAACAUUCAAGAAUCCCUGUGUCAUCCCUAUAAAUUUUCAUCCCAAAUCCAUGUCGUAUCUGCUUUGAGGAGGAAAAGGAGAUCCGGGUCAGCAAGAUCAACUAAAAUCCUGCUAGAAUCGGCAUACUUGGUAGCAUCCAAGCUCAAGAUUUUUCCGGAGCCAAUCGAGUUGUUGAUAAGAGAAUUUUGCGGUGGAAAUGGGGGUGGGGGUUUAUCCUUGAAGGGUUAUGGAGGGGAAGGCUCUGGCGGGUGGGGAAAGAGGAGGAAAGUGAAUUGGGUUGUUUUGGGAAGCUUGGUAAUUCUUGGUAUCGCCUUGUCGCUGGCACUCUGGAAAGAAUAUGAUCAAGAAAUGGUGUUUGGAAUUGUAGGUUUAAGCCUAUUUGGGUUAUCAAUCAAUGUGUGGAAAAGAGGGGUUCUGGAUUGGGCUUUAGGGUUUUGCUGUUGUGCUGCUUUGGGAGGGUUUCUGUUGAAGGGAGAUUUGCAGAGAGGGGUUAAGUUUCUUGGGACUAUGAAGAUUUCUAGGAGAAGAAAAAGAAGAUGGUUUUGA